CCGUUGACUGUGCACCGGAAGUGAAGGCUGGUCUGUCCGGAGGACGACGGCUCGGAUUUAUUCUUAUUAUUUAUCCUUCGCUAUUCUAACGUGUACCGAGCUGACGGUCACGUACCGGUGCCGGUCUGUCGGUAGAGUUCACCAUCCGGGUCCUCAGCCCGCUGUACGAGGACGUCUGAUGAUGAAAUAACAGCUGGGCGUGUUUACAUGUAACAAACAGGUGAGUCAGUGAUCAAUAACAUCAAUAACAACAACCCGAAGAUAUCUGCUCGUGAUGUCAUCAAUAGAUCACCAAUGACGGUAAUGUUUGACGUUCAGUCUGGUUCACCAAUGAAACAACAUAUAACGUGUAAUACAAAUAAAAUAAAAUAUUAAUAAUAAUAAAAUAAUAAUAAUACAUUAUUAGACACCAUUUUACAAGAUUAUAAUCUAAUUAGAAGUCAAUUAUAAUGUAAUAAUUCCAAAAAAAUGCUACAUUAUUGAACAAAGAGUGAGACUAUGUGAAUUAAAGACCAAAAUGUAAUAAAAAUCAACGCUGAAAUGAAAUGUCAGAUACUUCUGAUACUAUGUUCUUUUACAUUCUGUGUUUUGAGAAUUUCAUUUAAAAUAGCAUGAUAUAUGAAUAUUAUACAUUAUCUAUUAAAAAUCAUUACAUCAUUAGUUUAAAAAUAAAGACACACCUGAGAGGUAUUACAUUACUAGUGAGAACAUGUAUGAUGACAUCAGACAGGACAUUUUAUUCUAUUAUUGGUCUUUAUUACAUCGUCUGUGACAUAUAUCCGUGUUUGAUUAAUGUUCAACAGAGAGCAAAUGAUUUCUAGUUUUUUUUUAAUUUGAUACAAAGUACGACAUUCAGGACUUUGAUGAUGAUGAUGAUGAUUGGUUCUUCUCUGAAGAAGUUAUGGAUGCAUAAUGUCUACAGUUCUGAUAGUAAACAUCCAAGUCUCUGACUGUACUGUUAUAACUGUAUGUUUUACAUCAUGUAUGUGCUAUGUAUUGUAUGUACUGUAAUUUGUCCUUCCUGUGGACUCCAGGAAGAUUAACGGUCACCGAGCCAUCAGCUGAUCCAGUUAUUAAUAUAAUAACACAUCUCAUCUGCAUAUGAGAUGUUCUCUGAGUCUGUCCUUUCAUCAUCAGACAACACAGCCUCCACCUCCACGCCACAGUCAGCUGAUUCUGUCGUUCGAUGCCGAACACCUCAGAUGGUCAAGGAGCGAACCUCGCCGGGCCGUCGGGUCCGUCGGGUCUGCAGCAGCCCACCGAUGGGGAGGAGGACCGCGGCCUCGUGGGCUCCCUCUCCCGGGACGCCGCCAGAGUGAGAAGAGCCUCGGGCGCCGAGCUCCACCUGCCGUGGACGUGUCCGGUCACUCACUCCAGGGAGAAGUUCUACACCAUCUGCUCCGAUUAUGCUCUCCUCAACCAGGCCGCCUCCGUGUACCGGCCCCCGAUCGCCGUCACCGGGGACGCCGUCCCCAACCGGCAGGACGAGGGGCCGUCCGCGGGGAAGCCCAGAGCCUCGGUGGACCUCGGCGCCGGCCGGUCUGGAGGGGCCCACGUGGGCUCAGACGGGGACUGCGACAUGGAUGAGGUGUCCUCCGGUCACGGUAAACCCAUUCUGGCCUGGGAGAUCGACACCACGGACUUCAACGCUGUGCUCACCAGAAAAAUCAGAACAAGUAACGUGAAGAAAAUCAGCAUCAAGAAGAUGAAGUCUUCAGACAGACCCAGCAGAAACCUGCAGGAUGUCCCUUCUCACGCCUCGCUGGAGGAGGUCAAACAUAGAAAAGUGCUGGACCUCAGGAGAUGGUACUGCAUCAGUCGGCCACAGUACAAGACAUCAUGUGGGAUCUCUUCUCUCAUUUCCUGCUGGAACUUCCUGUACAGCACUCUGGGUGCAGGAAGUCUGCCCCCCGUCUCUCAGGAGGAGGCUCUGCACAUUCUGGGGUUCCAGCCGCCUUUUGAAGAGAUCAAGUUCGGUCCUUUCACCGGAAACGCCACCCUGAUGCGCUGGUUCAGACAAAUCAACGACAACUUCCGCGUGCGAGGCUGCUCGUACAUUCUGUACAAACCACACGGGAAACACAAGACGGCCGGAGAGACAGCUGAAGGCGCAUUGAUGAAACUGACUCAAGGUCUGACGGACGAGUCCAUGGCCUACAUCUACCACUGCCAGAACCACUACUUCUGCCCCGUGGGCUUCGAGGCCACGCCCCUCAAAGCUGCUAAGGCCUACAGGGGCCCUUUGGCCACCAAUGAAACGGAGCACUGGAUCCUGAUCGGUGAGCCCAGCAGGAAGCACCCAGCCAUCCACUGUAAAAAAUGGCUCGACAUCGUGACCGACCUCAACACGCAAAACCCAGAAUACCUGGACAUCCGUCACACGGAGAGAGGGAUCCAGCGCCGCAAGACCAAGAAGGUGGGGGGGAACCUGCACUGCAUCAUGGCCUUCCAGAGGGUCAACUGGCAGAAGCUCGGCCCCUGGGCUCUGAACCUGGAGAACCUGCGCCACGACUUCCACCACCACAACCAGCUCCACCUGGGCCCGAAGAGCGCCCACGAGAGCGCUGCCGCCGCCGAUGAAGCCGAGGAGAGGACGACGUCCGAGCGCCUGGGCCUCCUUGGACGUUCUCACAGUACGGGGAGUCAGAGAGACGGCGGCUGGAGACGUCUGUCCAACACAACAGAGUACAGACAGAGGGGCCCCCCCGACAGCGAUCUCGAGGAAGACGUCACACACUGAGGUCUGGCCAGGUCCAGGUCCAGCAAAGACCAACAAUGUGUCGAGCUUCCUUUGAUCUCGCAACAGUGAAGCCGGCAUUUGGUCGUGCACCUCUGAAUUUUUGUAACUUGGCGCUCGAUCACAUAACUGAUAAAAACACUAUUUACGUGUCUGAGGAUUUUAUAAAGAACAAUCUGUUUUUUAGAAGCUUUAGAAACAGAAAGUGUUAAAAAUCUACAUGUGAGUAAAUAUUUAUCAGCCAAAUCAAAUAGUUUAUAUUCAACCUUUGUCUCUUUAUAACACAUUUAAUACUUCACUUCUUUCUUUACAGGGUUUGUAUGAAGGUGAUAAAGUAGUUCAUGCGGAGGCUUGAGUUACAGAACAAAGCUUUUAUUCUGUCUCUGUAUAGAGACAGGUCCACCGCGUGACUUUAUAUCAGAAAACAUUGUACGGUCGUCAACAGGAGAGACGAAUAAUGGUCAGAAUGUGUUGAACAAGGUCCCAUGGUGGACCUGCUUACUGUCUCGUGCACUGACGUUUGGUUCUACUGAAGACCUAAACUUUAAAUAUAGUUUUAUUGUUAAAACUCUAA